AUGCCGGCGCAGAAUCAGGGAGCGACCGUUCGGGCAAUUGAUGACGUGGAGCUGUGGCACGCGUGCGCCGGGCCCCUCGUGACACUCCCAGCCGUCGGAUCUGUCGUUGUAUAUUUUCCGGAAGGACACGUGGAGCAGCAAAAAUUACUGGCUGAGACCCGAAGCACGUCCUGCGCUGCGUCCGACGAAGCGCAACGGCAGUGGGAUCCGCAACAUGCGGCGCCACACAAUGCGCCUUCAGCAUCCGCCGCAGCCGCGACAGCAGUGCGAGACGGCGGUUCCGCCGGCGGAAGCGCCGGCAGCGGUGCGGGCGAAGGCGGCGCUCGCAGCUCGCACGACGAAGGCAGCGACGCUGCUACAGCCGCGCUGCCCCCGAGCCACAUGUUCUGCCGGCUGGAGUCCGUGGUGCUACAGAUCGACGUCGAGACGCACGAGAUUCUGGCCACCAUGCAGCUACAGCCCAUCCAAGAGGCGGAGGCGGCGGAGGAGCAGGCGCGGGCAUCGCGCGCGGGCGCGGCGGCGAGCGGAAGCCGCGUGCUGUACGCGCGCACGGAGCAGGACCGCGUGAGCUGCAAGCGGCUGUCCACCAGCGACACGUCCACCCAUGGCGGCUUCUCCAUCCCGCGCAAGGCCGCCGAGGCUUGCCUUCCCCCCCUGGACAUGACGCAGUCGGUGCCAUCGCAGCGCAUCACAGCAACGGACGUGCUGGGCAACCAGUGGCUCUUCCGCCACGUGUACCGCGGCACGCCCAAGCGCCACCUCCUCACCACCGGCUGGAGCGUUCUCUCCGCCACCUGGGGCCUCGCUGCUGGCGACCGCAUCGUCUUCCUCAGGAACCGGCAUGGUGCGCUCAAGGUGGCGGUGCGGCGCAGCGAGGCAGCCAUGGCGGCCCUGCAGGCGCAGCGGCAGGUGCAGCUACAGGCGCAGCUACAGGCGCAGCUACAGGCGCAGCUACAGGCGCAGCUACAGGCGCAGCGGUCGGCCCUUGACGGCAUGGCUGACCCCGGUGCGGCACACCCCGCAGCAUCCCCAGGUGGCACGGAUGUAGCGUCUGCUGAUGCUGUGCUGGCCACCGCUGCUCGCAGCUACAGCCGCCGCACCGCCUUCUCUGUCACCUUCCACCCAUGGGUGAGCGCAUCAUCGCCCUUUGUCAUCCCGCUCACCGACUUCACACGCGGGCUGCAUGUGAAGGCGGCGCUACAGCCGGGCAGCGAGGUGCGGCUCACGCUUGAGACCGACGACCUCGCCACGCGCCGCCUACGUGGCACCGUGCUCUCGCUGCACCACUCGCCCUCUGCCACGUGGCCCUCCUCGCCCUGGCGCUCCGUGCAGAUCAAGUGGGGCGACACGGACGGGGCAGUGAAGCCCUCGCGCCUCUCCCCUUGGCUGCUUGACGACGCGCGCGCCCUCGCCCACCCCUGCUCCUCCUUCUAUGUCUCCUCCGCCUCUGGACCCAUCACCACCACCUUCGCCUCGGUGCCUCCUAUCGCCACCGUUGCUGGCAGCACGGCUCUGCUGUCGUACUCGGCCCCGCCUCCCCCACGCCUCUCUCUGCCGCCGCCUCUCUCCAUCCCUUCUGCUGCUGCUGCUCCCCCUGCUGCUGCUGCUCCCCCUGCUGCCGCCCCUGCCGCCCCCUUCACAACGGGACAAGAUGGAGACGGCAGCAGCUGGGGGCCCACCCCUCUGCGCCUCUCCUCGACCGCCCCUCUCUCUCACACCCCCCUCACCUCCUUCCUGCCUAACCACUCCCUCCCUCCACGACCCCUGCCUUCCGAACCUGGCCACACAGAGCCUGAAGCGAUGGUUUGGUCGCAAUCCCAGCCUGCCAUGGAGUACAGCGGGUCUCGGGAGUCCGCUACAACCGCCACCCCUGCCACCGCUGCGACAGCUGCUGCUACAGCCGGUGCUGGCACUGCAUCUCCCUCCGCACCUCGUCCCGCCUUCCCGCGAACCCUCACUGCUCCCGGGGGCUUCACAGCCUAUGCUCCUGCCAGCGCCAGGCAGGGCGGGGUGAAGAGGGAGCAGCAGGAGGAGGGCGGAGCGGUGCAUCUCACACUCUCUCUCGGCCUCGCCUCCGCCACCACCUCGCCGCCCUCCGACCACUCCUCUCUGAGCCUCAAGCGCCGCCGAACCACAGGCCUUGUGUUGCCUGUGCUGCGCCACGCCUGCCACUCCGAGUCGGACGUUGCCCGCCUGCUGCACGAUCAACGACCCGAGAGGCUUAAAAGGCCUGAGAGGACGGACACUCUUGACAGCGACCUUGCCAUGCCCCUUGCACGCACCUCUGCUGCUGCUGCUUCUGCUGAUGCUGCUGGUGCUUCUGCUGAUGCUAGUGGUGCUGCUGGGGUUACUGGUGUGGUGGGUGCUCCUCCCGGCUGUCUCUUCACGCUGCCUUCCUCCCCCAGCUCUGCCAGUGGCGGCACCCCCAGGAGCACCAGCAGCCGGGAGGUUGAGCGUGUGGCAAUGGAGGAGCGGGCGGCGAGUGGGGAGCAGGCGGCAGCAGGGGCGUCGGAGAGCACGGCUUCCCCAUCCAAGCAGCCUGCGCCGCCCUGCAAGCUGUCUCCCUCACCGUCCCGGGCGGCCCACAGGAGGCGGAUUAAGCUGCGGGUGGAGGGAAGCCCAGUGAUGCGCACGGUGGAUCUGAGUGGCAUCGGCAGCUUCCAAUCGCUGUACGCCACGUGUGCAGCCAUGCUGCAGCUGCCCCUGCAGCAGCCGGGGCAGCAGGCCUCAGAGGGUGCCACGUGUCCCUGGCAGCUCACCUACACCGACACCGACGGCGACACGCUCCUUGUAGGUGACGGGCCAUGGAGCAUUUUCCUGGAACACGUGCAGACACUCACAGUCAUGAAGGCUCUGGCGUAA